AUGACAAUCGAGACUAAGCACAUCCUGCCGUCCGUUGCGGUCUUUUCUCCACAAAGCAAAGCUCCCACGGCUGCAUAUCUGAACAGCAUUCAUGCAUUUCUCACAAGCACACUGUACUUGCAGCCAUUUGUUAAUGCAAUUGGCCGCCUUGAGCAAACGUGGCAGAUAUUUGCCAAUCACCGCAAAGACAUUGCGGCCUUGAAGCAAGGCCCACGUUACAUGAAAUCAUUUGCAGAUUGGAUCGCAACGGGCCACUCCGAGCCUAUUGCUGACCACAUGUCUGGGAUAUUCGCAUUACCCCUCUUGACCAUUGUUCAGACAUGCCAAUACUUGCAAUAUCUGGAAGCCCGUCAAGUUUCUCACAAUGAUUUCCAAGAAUCAUUAAACCGAGGAGGCGGCAUCCAAGGAUAUUGCGGUGGUCUUCUGCCAGCGGCGGCCAUUGCAUGUUCCAGUAACGAGGACGAGGUUGUUCAAAACGCCAUCACCUCUAUGCGAAUAGCACUAGGGAUCGGGGCUUAUGGAGAGCUUGGCGAUGACGAAAAUAUACCUGGACCCACUACGAUUGUCUUGCGAUUAAAGAGACCAGAUCAGGGGGAGGAACUGGUGAAAAAAUAUCCCGGGGCAUAUAUUUCAGCUGUCACAGAUCCGAAGACGAUAAGUAUCGUUGGGACUGUUCCUGUGCUGGAAACGCUAUCCGCACACGCUCGGGAGCAAGGUCUUCUUGUGCAUGGUGUUCACUUGCGUGGCAAAGUCCACAAUCCCGAAAAUGCAGAGCUUGCUGAGGAUCUCAAUGACCUUGCUUGCUCGGAGCCGUCUCUCACCCUCCCGCACUCUCGACAAUUACGAAUACCAAUUCGCUCCAACACGAACGGACAGAUCAUCUCAGACGCACCACUUACCUCUGAACUGAUAUACACCAUUCUGACGCGCAAGUGCGAAUGGUACACGCUCCUGCAAGAGACUGCGAGCGACCUCGUUGCGACCGGCCAUGCAUCUCACUUGUUUACUGUGUUUGGAAUUGGCGAUUGCAUACCUCUUAUGCCUUUUCACAUGAAAAAUUUGCAUAUUACCAAACUGGACGUCCUGUCGUACAUCGAGAAAGUGUCGGUCCGGGGGAAAGCCGAAAACUAUAAAUACCCCGAGAACGCCAUCGCAAUCGUCGGGGCUGCCUGCCGCAUCCCUGGCGCGGACGACUUGGAAGAACUCUGGCAGUUGAUAGCGCGUGGCGAAUCCAGGGCUGUCGAGGUUCCAACCGACCGCUUCGAUCUCUAUGGAAGUUUCAAGGCAGGUCUUGAUCAGAAAUGGGCGAGCAAGCAGAAAUUCUGGGGUAAUUUCAUCGACGAUCCGGAUCGCUUCGAUCACACAUUUUUCAAGAUCAGCCCGCGGGAAGCCACGAAUAUGGACCCGCAGCAGCGAGUACUGCUCGAGGUCGCCUAUCAAGCCCUCGAUUCUAGCGGGUAUCUACGAAACCACCGAAGGGAGUCGGCCGACAAUAUCGGAUGCUUCAUUGGCGCUAGCUUCGUCGAGUAUCUUGACAACACCGCUGUCCAUGCGCCGACUGCUUUUACGUCCACAGGCACGAUUCGAGCUUUUCUCUCGGGCAAAAUUAGCUACCAGUUUGGUUGGCAUGGCCCUUCUGAGGUCAUUGAUACGGCUUGUUCGUCUUCCCUGGUAGCAAUAAACCGAGCGUGUAAGGCGAUUCAAAGUGGAGAGUGCUCCAUGGCUCUAGCCGGUGGCGUCAAUGUUCUGACCGGCGUCCACAACUUCUUGGACCUCGCCAAAGCUGGUUUCUUGAGCCCUACUGGCCAAUGUAAGCCGUUCGAUGUAGCUGCAGACGGAUACUGCCGCGGUGAAGGCUGUGCUUUAGUGCUUCUCAGGCCUUUAAAAGAAGCUGUUGCCGAGGGACAGCAGAUUCUCGGUGUCAUUCUAGCCAUCGCAACCAACCAAGGUGGCCUUUCACCGAACAUUACAGUUCCGUCUUCACCAGCUCAAAAGACCCUCUACAAAAGACUUCUCAGACAAUCAGCUCUGCAGCCGGACCAAAUUUCAUAUGUUGAAGCCCACGGAACUGGAACGCAGGUUGGCGACCCACUCGAGAUAGCCACUGUGCGUGAGGUUUUUGCGGGCCCUUCUCGCGCAACAGCUCUCUCCCUAGGUUCGCUCAAGGCGAACGUAGGUCACGCAGAGACCGCAGCAGGCGUGCAGAGUCUGUGCAAGAUCCUCACCAUGCUUCAGCAUGAAGGCGUACCUCCAAUUGCCAAUUUCAAGUCCAUAAACCCCAAGAUUGGAUCUCUGGAAGCUGACAAGAUGAAGAUCCCGACGGCUAUUGAAGCAUGGGACGCACCUUUCAAGGCGGCCUGCAUCAACAGUUAUGGAGCUGCCGGUAGCAACUCUGCUCUGUUCUGCAGUCAACCACCUCAGGUCGCUAAAAGGGGAUCGGUGGAUGUACACAACAAGAACGAGAGAUUUCCGCUCAUCCUCAGUGCAAAUUGCGCAGCGAGUCUCCACACAACCGCCGAGAGCUUGGUUCGCUAUCUCGGGCUGCCAGCUCAAGAGAACCUUAGCCUUGCGGACGUUGCCUUCACCCUGGCCGAGCGGCGAAAACGCCACUCAGUGCGGCUGAUCGCUUCCGUCUCAGCUUCCUUGCCGUCAUCUGAGUCCUUGCUACAUGCCUUGAAGAACACAUCCGAUAUUUUGAUUCCAGAACAACCAAGGAAAGUGUGCCUCGUGUUUUCAGGCCAGUGCCGCCAGAUUGUUGGACUACACGAAUCGAGUUAUAAGUCUGUGCCGCGUCUACGCAGGUACAUUGACGAGUGCAAUGCGACCCUUACGGACCUAGGCUAUCCGUCAAUGCUUCCCGGCAUCUUCAGCCAACAACCCACCUACGAUGUGGUUUUGCUCCAGUGCGGAACUUUUGCCCUACAGUACGCAUGCGCUAUGAGCUGGAUUGAUUCGGGUCUUUCGGUCGCAGCAGUCAUCGGUCACAGCUUUGGUGAGCUGACAGCAAUGGUUGUGUCUGGCAUCUUGUCGCUUCAGGAUGGUAUGCGGCUUAUUGCUGCACGAGCAAGCCUGAUACAUUCCAAGUGGGGUCCGGAGCGAGGUACCAUGCUCGCUGUGUAUACGAAUAAGCAAAGGAUGGCCACCUUCAUCAAAGACAGCGGCUUGUCUCUGGAGAUAGCGUGUUUCAACUCCGCCUCUAGUCAGGUCGUCGUGGGCAAAGACAAAGACAUCGAGAACCUUGAGGGAUUCUUGUCUGCCAAGACUAAACCACAGAUCCGUUCUCAGCGCCUUGACGUUAGUCAUGCUUUCCACUCAAUUUUUACGGAGUCCAUUCUUGACGACAUAGAAGUUGUUGCAAAGGCUUUGGUAUUUAGAGAGGCGACCAUCCCAUUCGAGCCCGCAACGUCAUUGCAGAGGACCGUCGUUACAUCCGACAGGAUUCGCGAACACACGCGAGCGCCAGUGUAUUUCGAAGAAGCUAUCAAACGCAUUGAGAAUGCUCAUGAAAAUUGCGUCUUCGUCGAAGCUGGCAUAGGCUCGCCCAUCACAUCGAUGGUCAAGCGAGCGGUCACAAAGACGGACGCGCACUGUUUCGUUCCUGUCGAUUCAGGCAGCGCAGAGGACUCGACAGCCGGGUUCCUAGCAGCAACUAUCAAGCUUUGGAGCGAAGGCAUCGACACAACAUACGUUCCGUUUCUUGACAAUGCUCAGAGGGGAAUUCAUCAAGUUUGGUUACCUCCGUACAAGUUCCAAAAGACGAAACACUGGCUGCCGAACAUUGACCGGGCUGUUAAAGCCUUGCACCGCGACUCUUCGGCAAUAUCAACCACAAAUGGCCAUAAGAGCGUAUUUGCCAGCCCUAUGCUUGUCGUUCCAAGAGACGCGGAAUCCUCCUCGUCUAGAAAAGUGUUCGAGGUCAACGCUGCGACCAAGAGAUUCCAAGCUAUCGUUAGAGGUCAUGCAGUCCGUGGCCGAGCGCUAUGCCCCGCGUCGAUGUAUAUGGAGUUUGCAAUUAUGGCUCUGGACCUCUUAGGCGUCGAAGUACAACACAAUGCUUUGCAAUUCUCCGAGGUCAAGUACUCUUCGCCACUUGGACUUGGCGCCACCCGUAGUAUCGAGGUGGCUCUGAGCAAGCUCGAGUCACAUUCUUCCUGGCACUUUGAAGUAACCAGUACUAGUAGAGACAAUCUCUCUGGAAAGCCAAUCAUACAUGCCGCUGGUACUGUUGACAUCAAUCAGAAGGGUGUCAGUGGCCUGUGGGCAUACCAACGUCUGGUUGCAAGUCGAAUCUCUCAGAUUCCAGAUGCUGCUCGAGCAGAGACUUUGCGGUCUUCUCGUGCCUAUGAUUUAUUCUCACGGGUCGUGAUGUAUGGGCCUGUCCUCCGCGGCAUCGAAUCUGUGACCAUUGCCGGUAACGAAGCUUUGGCUACCAUUCAAGUACCGAACUCUGAGGCCGACUCCGGAGAGAGCACAGUGUCGACGCGUUUCGAUGCCGUCUCGCUUGAUAUCUUUAUCCAAGUCAUUGGUUUGAUGAUCAACAGCAGCGGACAGAACAGUCCUGAUGAGGUAUUCAUUGCUAGUGCCAUCGAUCAAGCGUUUGUUACAGCAAGUAUCAAUUUUCGUGACUCUCGCAACUGGACUGUCUAUGCGAUCUUCACACCGCAAGGUGAGCGGAAGGUAUCUGGGGAUGUCUUUGUGCUCAACCAAGAGGGAGUCCUGGCCGUGAACUACCUCGGCUGUCGAUUCACAAAGAUGCCCGUGGUUGUCCUGGAGAAACUGUUAGACAACGCCAACCGUGCUGCCAAUGCCAAAGUGGCAAUCAAGGGUGUUCCAGCUGUCACCAAGAACAUGUCACCGUCUGACUCGGACAAGACCUCAGAUUCGGACGAAGAGGCAUCAUCGGAAACCGGCGCUGAUACUGAUAUUACGGUCUUAAGCUGGGAUAGGGAAAAUGGAUUCAAUAAGAAGCUGGAGGUGUUGAAAAGCACGAUUGCCCAAUUCGUGGGCAUCACUGUCGGAAAAAUGCCAGAGCAAGCACGAAUGGACGAUCUUGGUCUCGACUCGCUGGCUGCGAUAGAGCUUGUCGACGAAAUUGAGAAAAUCUUCGGAAUAAGCAUUCCGUCAAAAGAAAUUGCAAACGAGUCUGUACUCUCGAUUACGGCCCGGCUCCAAUCGACAUCAACGGCACUCCCGCUACCAAAGAAUACAGCGAAACCCGUGCUCACUGCCAGGUCUGCGGCUACACCUACUGCUGGGACGCCAAAAUCUCCCUCAAAGUCCUCCUCGACUAGCGUGGACUACACUAAGUUGCUGGCUGUUAUCGCAGAUAACUGCGGUGUGUCUGUCAAUGCUAUUCAGCCUAGGGAUUCUCUACGAUCUCUGGGCGUCGAUUCGCUAUCUUCUGUGGAGUUGAAAUCGUCUGUCGAAGACGAAUUCGAAGUGGACAUUGGCAAUGAGCAGUUGAGCUUGGAGUCGACAGUGCAGGACAUUAUUGAUUUCCUGAGUGCUCAAGGUCGUGCGCUGGUAAAAGAACAACCUAAGACCGAAGAUGCGGUGGCUGCUCUCGGGGUUUCAAAUCGUCCUCGCACAGCUAAGUUGCAGCAGAAGAACAAUGUUGUAUUGUCAAACGGAGUCAAACAGGCGCAGGAGAAAUUGUUGACUUUCGUCUACAAAGUCGAGGAUGGUGUUGAUAUUGAGGCGGAUGUGUACUUGCCCAAUGACGUUCCAAGUUGUCCGAUGCCUAUAGCUAUCAUGAUCCACGGAGGUGGCUACAUGACACUCUCUCGCAAGGCCAUUCGCCCACAUCAGACUGCUCACCUCCUUGCGAACGGGAUUUUACCAGUGAGCAUUGACUAUCGCCUUUGCCCUGAAGUCAAUGUUCUCGACGGAGCCAUUUCAGACGUGCGUGAUUCAGUGUUCUGGGUGCAGCAUUCACUACCGAAAUUUCUAGAGCGAACGGGCAUCGAACUGGACGCAAGUCGUGUUGGGAUCAUCGGCUGGUCCACGGGGGGCCAUCUUGCCUUAACUAGUGCUUGGACAACAAGAGCCUCGGGGAUACAGCCACCAAGGACUAUUCUGUCUUUCUACGCGCCCACAGGCUUCGAAUCCGAAGAUAUCGACGCGGACAGAAAAUUCCCGGAACGAACAAUUUCAAUACAUGACAUCAGGACGUCACUUCUAGCAAAACCGUUGACCAGUUACGAGUCAAAGGGCGAUGCAAAAUACCUCGAGGGCGUUGGAUUUGUGCGCCCGAGUGAUCCGCGAUCCGCUCUAGUUCUGUCAAUGUUCAAAGAGGGCAUUGGCCUUCCGCUUAUCCUAGACGGAAUUCCUCCACCCAACAGUGAGGGCGAUACGGUCUUCAAACGCCCGGACGCAGCGAGAGUCGAAUUAAUCAGCCCGCUCGCUCAAGUAAGAAAGGGGAACUUUUGCACGCCAACAUGCGUGGUACAUAGCAAAGUGGAUAAAGUGGUACUCAUAGACUCUGCAGACAGGUUCGUAUCUGCGCUCAGUGAAGCCGGUGUCGAACACAAGUUCGUCAGGCUAGACAGUAGCAAGCACCUCCACGACCUUCUGUUAGAGCCUGGAUCAAGGCAAUGGGACGAGGAAGUAGAGCCUGCCUACAACUUCUUUCUGGAAAUAUUGCUGAGGUGACGAUGUCGACUCACUUGAGUAUGCUUAUGCAGAUUUAUGCAGAUUUUAGAGGGUACCUGCUGGGCAGGAACGUCGACCCGAAAUCUUGAACUAACAAGUUUCCUCCCUUUCCGAAUCCCUGUUAUUUCGAACUCCACCAUACGAUCACAGUAAUAUAAGGAAAACGUAUAUAGUUUAAAAGGUGUCAAGCAAAAAUUGCACGAUUUCUUCCACUGCCCGGCAUAGACUUUUUCAGAUGCCUUUGUAUGACUUCC